GUCACACAGCCUAUUUCCUGUUUUCAUACGGAGAACUUAGCAAAGCCACAGCCACUAGCCUGCUCGCCCAGAGCUUGGAACGGAGAGCCGAAGGGGGGCCAUGUGAUACCCCUCCCAGACCCCUGGACACACACAGGACCAGAGGCCUCAGCCUUGGAGCAUGGCAAAUUCCAAGCACCACGGGAGCCCUGGAUGGACAGAACCUAUACACCAGUGCAUGGCGGGGACCAAGCCAAAAGCAGCGGCCCCUGGCCCAGACCUCCCACGCCCAGGACCUGAAGAGCACCUAGAUGUCCACAGCAGCCCGAGCUCCAACUCCAACAUGACCACGCGGGAGCUGCAGGAGUACUGGCGCAGCGAGAAGUGCUGCUGGAAGCACGUCAAACUGCUCUUUGAGAUCGCGUCUGCCCGCAUCGAGGAGAGGAGGGUCUCCAAGUUUGUGAUGUACCAGAUCGUCGUCAUCCAGACCGGGAGUUUCGACAGCAACAAAGCCAUCCUGGAACGGCGCUAUUCAGACUUCGAGAGGCUCCAGAAAAAACUCCUAAAGACUUUCAGGGAAGAGAUCGAAGAUGUCGUCUUCCCCAAAAAGCUGCUGGUGGGGAACUUCAGCGAGGAGAUGAUCUCGGAGCGCAAGCUGGCCCUCAAAGAGUACCUGCGCCUGCUGUACGCCAUCCGCUGCGUGCGCCGCUCGCGCGAGUUCAUCGACUUCCUGACGCGGCCCGAGCUGAGGGAGGCCUUCGGCUGCCUGCGGGCGGGCCAGUACGCCAAGGCGCUGGACAUCCUGGUGCGCGUGGUGCCGCUGCAGGAGAAGCUGACGUCCCACUGCCCGCUGAUGCUGGUGCCGUCCCUGUGCGCCAUGCUGGUGUGCCACCGCGACAUGGAGCGCCCUGCCGAGGCCUUUGCCGCCGGGGAGAGGGCCCUGCAGUGCCUGCAGGCCCGGGAGAGCCACCGCUACUACGCCCCGCUGCUGGAGGCCAUGGCCCGCCUGGCCUACGCGCUGGGCAAGGACUUUGUGUCCCUGCAGGAGAGGCUGGAGGAGAGCCAGCUUCGGAAGCCCGCCCUGCGGGGCUUCACCCUGAAGGAACUCACCGUCCAAGAAUAUCUGUACUGAGUCCCCGGAAGGAAGCUGGACAGUUGGGAUGACCAUUGCUCUUGGGCUGUUUGGGACUCGUGCGAAGCAGGACAUGCCACUCUGGGCUCUAGCUUGCUGGGUGACUUUGAAUAAGCCCCUCCUCUCAUCCUGUGUCACCAUCUGUGUUGAACAGAGGUGCUCCCGGGUGUCCUUGGAAGCCUCUGCUUGUGUCCUCUGUCCCCUUGACACCAGACCCACUUCAUCUCAAACCCAGCUGCCAAAGCACUGGAGAAGAAGAUGCACUUUACUCACUUUAGCUGGAGAGGUUUACACUGCACAUCACAAGCAAAGCCUAAUCUGCUUCCUCACAGAUGUCUCUCUCGCCGUUCAGGGUCUUUUCUCUCUGCUUCUCCCCCUCGACCUUGCUUGCAAAUAUUCCCACCCACUAUCCUAAGUACACAGCUCUCCCCUCUUUCCGGUAGAUCCAACGCAGCAAAACAAAAGGUUACCUACUGCUCCUCAAGGCCAGCUCUGUCCCCAGGAUGGGCUGUAUGUCAUCCUUUGAAGGGUGGGAGGAUCCUGGGCUGGAACGCAGUCCUGCCUUAAGAGUUUGUGACGCAAGGUAUCUUGAGCAAGGGGAGUUGCCUGAGGUUUUCCGGUUAGGAUGAUGUAACUCAUUCCCUAGGGUGGGUUUUCAUUUGUCAGGCAACUGUCCCUUGAAUGGCCUCGCUGGAUUAUGUAGACAUAACCUGAAGGGAGAUGGAAGAAGAUACUCAGUGGGGCCUCUGGGUAGAAGAGAUUGAAUCAACUCCCCUGUCAUCUGAGGGACAAUGGGUUGGGAGGCCCUGGACUGAAGUCUGCUGUCAGGCCCCCAAGCGAAGUGGAUUCUGGACCAAUGCCCUGGGCUCAAGCAGAGCCAGGAGCGGAUGGUACAGGCUGGUUUGGGUCCCAGGCUCCUUCCUGAAGGUUCCAAACAGACUGACACCUUCAAACAAAGAAAGCUUUCAAUUAUCUCAGUUUACUCCAGGAGAAGGACACUUCAAGUGGGAGAGACUGGGUUUCUUGAAAUUCUGGGCAUGUGGAAAAUUAAAGUGUUAAAUGGGAGAACAAAAAGAGCUGCAACUCUUUUAUAACAUAAUGGUAAAGAAGAUUGUGCUGAUUUUACAAGUUCUUUCAUCACAUAUGGAGUGCUCUCAGCCCUUGGAUGCACCAAAUAUUCACUAAGAAAGAAAAAAAAAAGCCCAAUAUGGGGAGUUUAGUAGGAGUUUCCAACAAAAAGCUGGGAGAGCAAAAGUUAGCCCCCAAUGAACACAAGGGUCAAUGUGGAAUAAACCUGUUUUGUAGAAAAGGCCAUGAAGGA